CGGACGUGCUGGCUCGGCGGCUGCCCCAGUGGGGCCCGGGGCCGGGAAGAAGCGCUUCUCCGUGGGGGACCUCUACGCCCUCUCCAGGCGGAGUCGUGGCAGCUGUGCAGCAGGCAGCGGAGGUGGAGGUGGAGGUGGAAGGGAAGGGGGAGGCAGGCCGUCGGACGCGGGCAUCCUGGCGGGACAGAUCCUGGACGCGGCCAAGAGGCUGAUGGAGCGGCGUAGGCUGGAGCUGUACCUGAGGGAGGUCAACGUGUCCAUGACCGACACCACGGCGGAUCAGACCAACAUGCCGUACAGGAACUUGGGCAAGUCUGGCUUGAGAGUGUCCUGUCUGGGGCUAGGUACCUGGGUGACAUUUGGCUCUCAGAUUUCCGAUGAGAUGGCUGAGACCCUUGUCACUAUUGCGUACGAAAAUGGCGUUAACCUCUUCGACACCGCAGAGGUCUAUGCAUCUGGAAGAGCCGAGAUCACUCUCGGAAAUAUCAUCAAGAAGAAAGGAUGGAGGCGCUCCAGUUUUGUGGUAACAACAAAAAUCUACUGGGGAGGACAAGCGGAGACGGAGCGGGGCCUUUCCAGAAAGCACAUUAUUGAAGGUCUGCGCGGCUCUCUUUCUCGGCUGCAGCUGGACUAUGUGGACAUUGUAUUCGCCAAUCGCACCGACGUCAACACUCCCAUGGAGGAGGUGGUGCGGGCGAUGACAUUUGUGAUCAACAAGGGCAUGGCCAUGUACUGGGGCACAUCACGCUGGAGCUCCAUGGAAAUAAUGGAGGCGUACUCGGUGGCGCGGCAGUUCAACCUCAUCCCUCCGGUGUGUGAGCAGGCUGAGUACCACUACUUCCAACGGGACAAGGUGGAGGUGCAGCUACCAGAACUGUACCACAAGAUAGGUGUUGGAGCCAUGACCUGGUCCCCACUGGCCUGUGGUCUCAUCACAGGGAAAUACUCUGACGGAAUCCCCGACGGCUCCAGAGCAGCAGCCAAGGGUUAUCAGUGGUUGAAGGAUAAGGUGCAGGGGGAGGAGGGAAGGCGGCAGAUGGCCAAGGUCAAAGAGCUCCACCUGCUGGCGGACAAGAUGGGCUGCACCCCCGCGCAACUGGCCAUCGCCUGGUGUCUGAGAAGUGAAGGGGUGAGCUGUGUCCUGCUGGGCGUCUCCAACACAGACCAGCUCCUGGAGAACCUGGGUGCUAUUCGGGUGUUAUCGCUCAUGACUCCCCAGACUGUGUAUGAGAUCGACUCGUUACUCGGCAACCGUCCAAACGCCAAGAAGAAAGAAUGAAUGAGGAGGCAGAGAAAGAAAGAGAGAGAAAUGGAGAGGGCAGCGAGCGGCAGUUACUAUAAUUCUUCUCUACAGGGCUGGGCUUUAACACAUUAAAAUCCACUGUAUCCACUA